UACAGAUACCGGAAGUGAGUGUGUUUUCGUGGUUUCACUUCCGAAGCUGAGAAGUCUGAGCGUCACAAUGUUCGGUUCCUCCAGAGCGGGCGUUCGGGGCGGACAGGACCAGUUCAACUGGGAAGACGUCAAGAUUGAUAAACAGCGGGAAAACUACCUCGGGAACUCGGUAAUGGCGCCGGUGGGAAGGUGGCAGAAGGGCAAAGACCUGACUUGGUACACCAAGCAGAAGAACCCGGGGGAGGCCGUCAGCAGAGAGCAGGAGCUGGCUGCCGUGAAACAAGCCGAAGAGGAAGCCAUGAUGGCCGCAUUAGGUUACAAGACAGUAAAGCGUCAGCCCAAGGGUCUUAGUAAAGAGGAGUUUGCUGAAGCCUGCAAGCGGGAAGGCCCAGAGAGGGACGAGCGGAACGUGGACCGGGUCGGCGGCCUCGGGAGCGCCAGUGUUUCCUCCGCGAAGAUGACGCUUUCCAAGGAGGACAAGGAGGCCAAUAAAAUGGGCUUCUCCAUCUUCACCCACCAAAAAGGCGGAGAGCGUCAGGAAGCGCACAGUGAUAAGAGGAAGGUGGAAGGAGGAGAGGAAGACAAAGCAUCCAAGUCGGGAAGUAAGAAAAAGGCCAAGAAAGAGAAAAAGAAGAAGAAGAAAAAAGAGAAGAAGCACAAGAAGGAGAAACACCGAAGAACCGAUUCUUCAUCAUCAGCGGAUGAAGAGGACAGGUGGAGAAAGGCGGGCAAUUCAUCAUCCUCUCGUCACACUGGAGCCUGCGGGGCUGACAACCAUUCAUCGGAGGCCCGGGAUUCGCCCAGGACCCGAAGCACACAACGCCACCACCACGACGCCCAUUCUUCCAGCGACAGCUCCCCUCGCCGACCGUCCCGGCCCCCCGCCGGGCCCAGAAGCCACAGCCGCGACAGGGAACGCAAGAGGAGGAGGUCGAGGUCCCCGCGCGAGGCCAAGCGGCGGCAUGACACAGACUCGGACGACUGAUUGGGGCCGGAGCACAGCGGGGGGGGGGGGUAGAAGAAUGCGCUGUGCGGUGGGCCCAGCCCGGCAGGGGGGGGGGGGGGACUCUAGAAGUUAUAGCUCUGCGACUCUCAGGGACACUUCUAUAGAAUCGUCAAAUUGACUUUGCCACAGAUAUUACCAAGCAAUAAAUUCUCGUCUUCCCACACCGCUCGGGGGGCGCCCCCACCCCCCCUCUCAGCGAGGGCGGAAUCGCAGUUUAAUGACUCGCUAACAACGCUGUGUGUGUUCUGAUCAAUAAAAAACAGAGACCUUCCCAUCUACAUGGACUGAAA